UGAUCUUGGUUGCAGAUGAGCGCAGAAUUUAUAAGCGAGAGCAAGUGAAGUGGGGGGGUGGGGAGUCCUGGGCAGAAGAAGUGCCCAGGCCAGGCGAAUUAUGCAUACGUUAGGCAAACACUGAGAGAAUGGCUGUGGAAGCUAUCCAUUGCAGUCUGAAUCCAAAUGGUAUUGAUCACUCUGUCCAUGCAGAAGGUAUUAACCAGCAAAUUGAAGGUGAAAGCAUUGAAUCUCAAGCUGUUAAGAACAAAACUACCCAGAAGUCACCUGACCUGAAAGAAACACCCAAGCGACAACAGAUUGAGGCAGAGGCAUCUAAGUCUGGCACAGUGAAGCUGUCAAAACCAGUGGCUCUGUGGACCCAGCAGGAUGUCUGCAAAUGGCUGAAGAAACAUUGUCCAAAUCAGUAUCAGAUCUACAGUGAGUCAUUCAAACAGCAUGACAUAACUGGACGGGCACUGCUGAGACUCACUGACAAAAAGCUGGAACGAAUGGGGAUUGCCCAGGAGAACCUCCGACAGCACAUCUUGCAGCAGGUGCUUCAGCUGAAGGUUCGAGAAGAAGUCAGGAACCUUCAGUUACUCACACAAGCCUCAACAGAGGGUUCUCCAUAAUCAUGAUUAGCCUCUAAAGCUGCUGUCCUGCCAGUUGAUAUGAAAGUGGCCUCUCCCUCAUGAAAAGCCAAAAGAACGGCAGUGCCACGAGAUGACUUUGGAGAAUUGAAAGAUUAACUGAGCUCCAACCACUCAGUCAAGAUGAUGGGUUUGGGAAAAUCCUGGUUUGUCAUGGAUUUAAAAUGUGGUACAUCAUCUCCAGUGCUAAUUUGUUCCAAGUGGUCAUUGACAGACCAUUAGCUGGGAAAUUGCUUCCAGUUUUCAUCACUGUGCAUAACUUGAGUUCCUUUCGAGGGAUUCUCCGUGCCCUUCACUAGAAGUCCCAUUUUAGCAUGGCAACUACUGGAUUCUUUUAUUAUGUAUGCAGAUGGCAUGAUGUUUUAGGAACCAUUACAACAGUUCUGCGAUCUCAGUGGAAAUGUUCAAAUAUUACACCCUGAUAGGAAUGUAAACAUGUCUCGUAUCUGUUAGUUAUGCCGUCUAAAGGUAUUCCGUUCAACUAUUAAGCACUUUAUAGGUGAGCUCUACACAAAAGAAUUAGCACGUUCUGUAUAUGUGAAGAAAAAAAAACCAAGAUGUUCUUUUUUCUUAUUUUUUUCCUCAAAAUCUUGUUCUAUUUCUAGGCUGAGAUUGUCCAAGACAAACUCCACUACUUACAUAUCCUUUGUGGUUUGUGAUAUCUGGGUGUAGAUAUGGUUGUGGUACUGUUAGAUUUCAUCUCAUAACAUGUUUUUGGAAGACUGUCUUGAUUCUAGCCAGAAAGAGAAGAACAAGGGGAUAGUAGGCAAACCAUGGUGAUUUAAAGACAUUACCUAUGAUUUUCUUAUGCCUAGAUCCCCUCAUGUUGCCCACAAAUAUGAACAUGCUUAUCUGUCCAUUGUGCUACUAUAAACUUUCUUUUAAUCACUAGAAGCAGAGAUCUUGAAAACAAGGAGUGGGAUUUUAUUUUCAUCAGCAGCCAUGGGUCAGUGGGUAAUGAAAGGAAGAGAUUUUGGUCGUGUCAUGUCGUGGUUCUUGCUUCCCAGAAAAUGUUACAGAAAUAUUCAUAGAUACCAUUACAACAAUUCUGCAUUCUCAGUGGAAAUGUUCACAAUAUUAUACCAGUUAGAAUGUAAACAUGUCUCAUGACAUGUUAUGAGCCUAAGAGACUCGUGACUUCAUAUUAAAACCUUUUAAAACAAAAAUUACAAAGUAAGUGACCCAAUUGUAUCCCACAAAAAGCAGAUGAGAGUCAGUCCCCAGUAGGAUUUUUUUUCUCAUAGAUGACUCCUAAUCAUCUGCCAAUUAGUGCUUUUUUGCUAUUUAUCCUCCAAUUAGUGUUUUUUCUGCUAUUUUAUUGUCAAUAUUUCAGGGGAUUUUUUAGUUGUAUUUGAACAAAAUCCAGUGAUUUCUAUCCUUAAUCCUUCUUAGAACAUCAGAACCCACAUGGACCAAUAUUACUUAGUUGAUCCAAGUUUGUUUUCUGAAACUUAAAAACCACUAUUUGACCAGACUGAAGGAUCCAGUAAAGUUUAUCUCCAAGGGUUGACACAUGAAUACUCACUAUCCCAAGCCUAGCUCAUACUAGAAAAUGACUUCUUUAAAACCACAGGUGAUAACUUGUAACUGACUGGGCUCUUCCCCAAGUUUAGCAUUUAGAGAGAUACCCAGACCCACAGCCUCCAUCUAGUUGAUUAUAUUCCUGUCUUUUAAAGAGUAUAGCUUGUUGAGACUCUCUUAAAAUCACCCAGUAGAGAGAAAAGAAAUCUUCUUGAAACUCUGGCAAGUCAAAGGGGGAAAAAUAAACAUAAAUUUAUCAAGAGAGUGCUAAAGAGAGGAACUGAUUGAGGAAUAAUCCCCAAGAUCCUGUAGGGAUUCUUUCUUUAUCACACUAUUCAUUCUCCAGCUCUUCCCCAAGUAAAUAUUGAGAGGAAAGUAUCACUGCAGCCCCAAAAGAGACAUGUUAGAGUGGCUUUGGCGGAAGUUGACUUGUUCUUUUCCCUAAAGCAACCAAAUUUGGGCUGAUCAGCCCCUUACAAUUCUGGACUUUUAGCAGUCUCCCCUACCCCACUUCCCCAGCUGUUACCACUGAGUUGUCCAAGUUGGGUUAAUUCACUUCAAUUUGCUCAUCCUGUCCUGCUGCUUCUCCUGUUGAUUUUUUAUAUCCCAACCUCAAUUUUCCCCCUUCUCCCAGGCUACACAGCCAGUAGCCUACCUAUGAUAUGGUGGUACAAUUGAUAGCCACCAAACUAAGGCAACAUGAUACAUAAGCCACAGAAGAGAGAGGUGGUUUAAAAAAACAAACAAACAUCAAUUCCAUCCAUGCCUUAUUCCCAGCUUUUCCCGCUCCCAGUUUUCAUCUUGUUUUCAGUUUUGUGUUUCCUGGUCAUAUUAUGAUAAAUACUAUUCAUACUCUUUUCCCCAAACCCCACUCUAUCCUACCCAUGUGGGUGUAUAUGUCCAUACAUUUGGUAUGAUAUAACAGUAAAACACAGAGUUUGGAUGCCACAAAGAAAGACUGCCAGGCUCUCAAGACAUUGUGGCAGUCUGCUACCCAUGGAGUCCCUCCUGGAAGCCCUGAGAAAAUUGUCUGCUAGCUACCAUAUUUGGUCAUUUGCCUCUCUCUUUUGGAAUGAAUAAAAAGCUAUUGAUGUUGCCUAGCCCUUUGGCUUUGGGUAAAUAUAGUCUGAACAUUUAGAUCAGUCCAUUUCCCAGAUUGAAGUCUUAUUGUCACUGUUUGUAAUAGAGAAAGGAAUUUUUUUUCAAGAAUAUGAAUGCUAAGGGCAGCUAAAUGGCACAGUGAAUAGAGCACCAGCCCUAGAGUUCAAAUCCAGCCUCAGACACUUAACAGUUAUUAGCUGUGUAACCCUGGGCAAGUCACUUUACCCCAAUUGCCUCAGCAAAAAGAAAAAGAAGAAAGAAAAAAUAUGAACGCCCAUAAAUCCAUUAAGGAAACAAACAAAGCUUCUAUUGCUUUUUUUUUAAAUCUCCCAAACUGUUUUAAAUCAAAAGUUCUAGAUAGAGUGCUGCUGAGUUGACAUUUGUGUGAAGACAGUUAACCAAGAGAAGGCUUUUCUAAAUAUGUAUUAGUACCAAGCACAUGUCAUUCAUUGAAAUGGUUAAAUUACUGUUUUUCAGAUAGUUGUUCUGUCCCAGGGAGGGUUUGGAAAGCCCUUCGUUAUAAAUUCAUGGACAGCUUCCAUCGUGAAACGGACCUAGUAGAAGCAACAUUGGAUUGAGACAGAGAAGCCAGGUUCAAAACCUACCCAUAGAGUACCUUAGUUCAAAUAGGGUCCCAUCUGAAAAGGAAGGAGUUGAACAGGAUGGAUGGCCCCUAAAGUUCAUUCCAGUUUUAAAUCUAUGAACCUGCUACUCAAUUUAGGUUUUCUUGGGUGGCAAGAAUGUGUAGAGGAAGGGGACCAGGGAAUUGAGCCUGCAUAGAUUAAUCAUGGCUGCCUCCUUUUUCAAAAUGGUGAUCAUUGUUCCCUGAGUAUAAUGUAUGGAAUGAUACUUCCUAGAAACUUAGAACAUUUUGGAGGAAGGGGAAGAGAAAGACAAAGAGACAGGGCAAGAGUGGAGGGAAGGAGGAAGAGAGAGAGGAGAGAUGGACAGAAACAAAGAGAGAGAGAUGGCCAGUGGUCUUAUAAAUUUUUAACAUUCACUUUUCCAAUUUCUCAAAAGCUCCCACAUCUUCCUAUGAAUAAGCACACUCACACCCACCACUGUAGAGGAAAAUAUAUUCUUGAGAAUGAAUAGACAUGAAUAAUUAUUAGAAUCUCUAGGGUGCCAAGAAGAGGUUUGGAAAAGACAAAUUAGCUAACUUUCACUAAGAAACUGAAUUUAAAUUUAAAAGAUUGCAUAAUUUUACAAAUGCACCCUGAGGAUCUCAGACCUCAGAGACUUCUUCUACAUGUCCUACAGGAAUCUCAAAAUUCCCCUAAGUGCCAAGAAGGACAGACUGGACAAUUAUGGUUGUGAAAUAGAGUAAAGUCAUUUCUAGCUCACUAUUGGACAGGCUGAGUCCAACUGUUUUUAGUUUCCCAGAAAAUACUGAAAUAUACUUUAACACCCUAGAGAAAAAGGAAUAUCAACCUUAUUUGAGAAAAUAUGCCAAAGAGGAAAACGUCUAAUGGACUUCCCCACCCACACCCUAUUACCUGCUUUUUUUGUCUUUCUUUUUUUUUUUUUUUUUUUUUUGUCUGCAAAUGUCACAUAAUUGAUUUAAUGAAAAAUCGUAAAGUGUUACAGAACAGAAGUUUGCAAGAUCCUGUUAGUUCUUUGGCUCUGAUAAUCCCUUUUUUCUAAGUGCAUUAGCAAGCUCAUUCUGUGCAGUAUUUUCCUCCAUAUUCUUUAGAAUAAUUUUGUUAUUUGACAACUAGAUUUAAAACUGAUGCAGACACUUAAAAAAUAUCUAACUUUUGAAAAUGACACUAAAGACACUUUUUAUUUACCCCUUCCCAAAGUCACAGCAUAUUCCCACCUCACCCCAUUCUUCUCUUUCUCCUUUUCUCUGUCUUUCAUAUGUUGUGGAUAGAUUUCAAUUAUUUGAUACAAAGUUCAAACAGAAAAAAAAUCCCAUUCCAAUAAAUACCUUCUUGCAUUCAAUGGCAGAGGAGGGUGAUAACUGCACCAUUGUGGUACAUCAACUUCCAUCUCUGGAACUUGACUUUGAAUCAGUCAAUCGCCAAAUAGUCAUUAAGCCAGAAUUAGGCCCUAGACUAGGCUCUGAGAAUCCAAAUACAAAGUAUGAAACAAUUCCUACUAUAAUCAAAGGAUCCUAAUAAAAGUAGAGAAGGCCAGGAGGUGAGGUUCAGCUACAUUUCUAGGAUAGACCACUCAUACUUUCUUAAUCCCCUUACUUCUGUCACAUCUAGAUCACCUUCUAUCACCACAAAAAUUUCAUGAACUUAGUUUUAUAAAACAACAUUACCCCGGGCUCCCCAGAAAUGCCUCAAAGCAAGGAAGACAGUAUCUCCAUUAUUUUUCUUAUUCUCCUAAUUCUCCAGAGAGAAGGAAAGGAAAACUUUUAAAAUCCAACCACUCACACUCAGCUUUUUUUAAAAAGUUGAAAGUUGCUCAAACUUUUGUGAUUAGUGAAAAGUAGAUGAUGCCAUUGAGAUUCUAAUUCAAGUGUUUGGAAAGAGUGAUGAUGUUUGGUACCUUACUGGGUCUUUAUUAUGACUUUCUCCAUGACCCAAAAAUUCUGAGAUAAAGGUAGUGAGAUUCUUGAGAAAUUUACAAAGGAAGUGACCUUCAGGUACCUACAGGAUUUGGUCUUCAUGCCCUCCAGAAGGAUGACUGGAGAGUGGCUAAUUGUCCAUAUUUUUCUUGAUUUCCUUGAGGAGAAUAAAUAAAAGUCUGAUUUUAUGACACAACCUUUAUUGUAACAGGAGAUUCUUUGGGAAGCUGGUGGGUUGGGCUUCUCAGGCUAUUCAUUUUCCAAUCCUUCCCCUUCUCUCAAAUAGUCUGACUCACCUACCUUCUUCUGUCUUCUUCAAAGAUGUUAGCCUGUCUCAGUUAAAAAGAUAAGAUACACAGACACACACACACACGUAGAAUCCACUUCAGUGUAAUAUGUUGCUGUAGCCAAUGAAAUCUGGACACCAUCAUCAACUCCUAAUAAUUAAAAUUUUUUGCCACAAUUCUUUGUCAUGAUUAAUAUUUGAUUUGUUUUCAUUUACAUUGAAAAACAAAAACAAAACUAUGUUCUGGACUUCCUGAAGUCUCAGGAGUAGCAUUUGCCAAUUCCCACUUUCAUAGCUCACAUAGUAAACAUUUGAAAGAAAAGUCUUGAUGGUUUCUCAAUAUAUCUGAGAAAGUUUUGAAGUAUGCAGCUCAAUUCCUGCCCAUAUUUUGAAAGGCAACUCUUUAGGGGUAGGGAUAUCAAAGGCUAUGUAACUGAAUAUUGAACAACGUAACUUGAGGUGGUUUUUUCCCCCCAUUCUUAUUCAACUCUUACCUUAAACCUAAAAGGAUGGGAGGUUGGUCUCCAUGGAGUGGCUAUUAAUUCUAACCAGAAAGCCCAGCCAGGAGCCAUGGGUUCCAGUUGCUUUAAUUCAUGCUCAAAUGAUUGUAAAAACCUCUUUGGGUUUCUGGAUUAUUAUUCUACUACUAGUCUCCCUUCCUCCACCAAUAGAAAAAAAAACUGCCCUUACAAGGUUAUAUAUGUGGCAGCUGUGGUUUGGCCAGUGAAGGCAUCUUACAUUGCAGAAAGCUGAAUAAUGCUAGGAGAUUGACCGUGCAGGCUUGGAGCUGCGUCCCACAUCCCAACCAUAAUUCUAUCAAGAAUAUACUUCCAUUUAAGUGAGAUCUGGUCCCAAAUAUUUUGAAGUGAAUUCUACUGAAAAAUCAUCAUAGUGCCUGUAAUCGUGCUACUGGAGACCUGUGAAAACAAUUCCCAGUUAGUUCAACUAUUUAAUAUCAUUAGCUUCUAUAUUAAAUAGCUUUACACAGAAUUUUAGAAGAGAUCGAUAUCAUAGCAAAACUGCAUAUUAGCAAUAAAGAGCACCUGAGAAGAGACAGUAUUGAUCCAUUGUGGUUUCUAUGCUUAGGUUUAUUCUUAGAACUUUGUGGGGGGACAACAUAGCUAGAAGAAAUGGAAAAAAUAUAUUUUGAAAACAGAAACAUCAAGCUAGGGAUCCAAAGACCGGGGUCCACUUCCAGCUUCAUCUUUUACUAAAAAAACCGUAGGCAGUAACUUAGACUCCAUAGGCAGCAAUUCCCUCAUUUUAAUUUAUCCUCCCCCUUAGGCACUUAGGUUAAGUGACUUGCCCAGGGUCACACAGCUAGUAUUAAGUGUAUGAGGCUGGAUUUGAACUCAGGGUUUCCUAAUUUCAGGGCCAGUUCUCUAUCCUCUGAGCCAUCUAACUGCCUUUAGAAGCCUUCCCACUUAGCAGGCUUUUCCUUUUCCUGAGGACCAAAUGAGACAAUAUAUGAAUAUCAUAGUGUAUUAUCAUCAAUAUAAUCUGAAUUUCAUGAAACACAAUGCCUAUUUCUUCUACUUUUUGCCUUAUGAUCCCCACCCACUAUCUCGAUCACAUCACCCCCCCCCCUUUGGAAGUUAAACCAGGAAAGAAAGGAGUGAUCCAUGUAUCCCACAACUAUCUGAUUUGCCAAAUGAGAUUUGUGCUGUCUUAUGAAUUCCAAAGACUGAGGCAGUCAUCUGUCAUCCCGACUCCAUUUCCCAAUGCAUUGCACCCUCUUGUGAACCAGCCAGCCAAAGGAGAGAGCUUUGGGUUUGGCUUUUUUUUUUUUUUUUUACAGAUAGGUUUUUGAUCCCUGCUUUGCUGAAGGGCAGAAGUAGGUAGUCGACAAAUGGAGGGUAAGGGAUCAGAUCAUUCCACCCUGAAUUUCUGUCCAUUAGCCACCAUCCAGUAGUGUGGGUUCUGGUGAAGGAAGGAAAGACCACACCACGUGAAGUGAAUUGUAGGCCAGAAAAAAAAAAACUUCUUGUAAUAUCGGGAAGCAAACCAGUGAAAACUGCUCACUCCCUCUUUGGUAAACUGCAUGCCUGUGCUUGUGUGCAGGAGCACACGUUGUCAGCUAGGUUUAGUAAGUGUACUUUGUAACACCAUAGCCCUGUGUAGGUCAGACCUUUUUCACAGCUUCUAUAAGUAUACCAUAAGCCAGCACCUGCAUCAGCUUCCUGAGAAGGGUUUGAUAAACAGGUAUUUUCUUUUUUCAUCACCCACAACUGUUUCCUCCUCUUACACCAUAAUUCUAUAUCUCUGUAGACAUCCAAAUAGAGUGAUAACAUCGAGUGCCUUUCUGAUGGGCAUAUAUUGUAUUCCCCUAGGAACUCCGGGGGCAAAAAAAGUACAGAAAACCUUAUUUUUCCCAGAUAUGAGAAUGAUUACACCUAAUUUAACCUGUCCAUUUCCAUAUUUAAGUGGCUGUCAACAUGUUAAUGCCCAUUGAUUCACUGUUCUAAUUUUUUCAUUUUUUUAAAAUUGUUUUCAACUGUCUUUAGAAAGAGUUGAUGAGGAGGCAGGCAUUCUCUUUAAAUUGAGUUAAAUGAAAUUUUUCAAAGUUUAUUGUUUUUUUCUCUCUGGUGUCCGUGGGCAUGAUCUCUAGCAGGCUUGGAAAUCUGCUUUAUCAUUUUGUAUACUUGACAAUUUUGUACUCCGCAUUAUUUGACUUCAUAUGUGCAUGGCAAUGUAUUAAAACACAAAAUUUUUA